AUGAAUACGCAUGUUUGGGUAUCUGAUGAUAAGGAUGGGUUUAUUUUAUGCAAAAUUAUUGAUAUCGGUUACGAAUGUUUGACGCUACAACGAUUGCAUGAAACAGAAACGUUCAAAGCUUUUUACGAUAAUAUUUUCCCUGCUGGAGAAGAAGUUAGUCGAGAUGUUGAUGAUAACUGUUCAUUAAUUCACCUAAACGAUGGUUCUCUUCUGAAUAACUGUCGUUUACGCUAUAAUCGCAAACAAUUUUACACUUACAUGGCUAAUAUACUCAUCGCAAUCAAUCCCUAUGAGCAAAUUGAUGGUUUAUAUGAUGUCAAUAUGGUACGAAAGUAUAAAGGACAAUCACUGGGAGCCUUAACUCCACACAUAUUUGCUAUUGCUGAUAAAGCUUAUCGGGACAUGAUGCGCAACCAUGAAUCUCAAUCAAUCAUAAUAUCGGGAGAAUCUGGAGCCGGUAAGACUGAAUCUCAAAAGCACAUAAUCCGGUUCUUGUGUGAAUCUUGGGGUCAUCUCGUAGGGACAAUCGAGCAACGCAUUUUAGAAAUAAGUACAAUUUUGGAAUCGUUUGGCAAUGCAAAAACAGCAUGCAACAAUAAUAGCAGUCGAUUUGGCAAAUUUAUUGAAAUACAUUUCAACGAUAAGGGUAUUAUUGUGGGCGGUUUCAUAUCUCACUAUUUGCUGGAACGUUCACGUCUCUGCGGACAGAAUGCACGCGAAAGAAAUUAUCAUAUAUUUUAUCAACUGAUCGCUGGUACUGACGAGCAAACGAGAAGCAAAUUGAAAUUGGAUAAAUUGGAAAUUUUCAAUGACGGUAUGCGAGACGAAUUAAUUGAUGAUUACAAUGAUUUCCAAAAACUAUUGAAUGCAUUCAAUCGUAUUGAUGUUUCAAUAGAUACUCGAGAUACCAUACUCGAAAUAGUCGCCGCAAUUUUACAUCUUGGAAAUAUCGAAUUUUUUGAUGAAACAUUCAGUUUCAAAAGUGGUUGUGAUGUUAAAGAAGAAAGCAAAACGUAUUUGAUUAAUGCAGCAGAAUUACUUGGCAUUGAAGUGACUGAUUUGAGGACACAUCUCGUGAGUCGAUUGAUGCAGCCGACGAGAGGUGGCACUAAGGGAACACUUUAUUCAGUGCCACUGCGCGCUAGUGAAGCAAGUGCAGCACGUGAUGCUCUUGCUAAAGCUAUCUAUAGUCGUUUGUUUACUGCAAUCAUUAAUAAAAUCACGGAAUGCAUGCCAUUCAACGAAAGUACCUUUUCAAUUGGAGUGUUGGACACAGCCGGUUUCGAAUUAUUUGAGCAGAAGCUUUAUGGGAUUUUUGAACUACUGGACAAUGAAUCACGCUUACCACAAUCUUCCACGCAACAUUUCACGCGGACAGUACAUGAGACUCAUACUUCUCAUCCUUGCUUAAUGGUAUGGACUGAAAGAUUAUCUCGAUUGACAUACAAAAAAGCACCAUUACUUGUUGUACCACGAUCAUCACGUUGUCAUCGUACAAUGCGUGACGAUGAAGGUUUUAUCAUUUGCCAUUAUGCGGCCGAUAUUUGUUACGAUACCGCUCAGUUUCUUGAUAAAAAUAAUGAUACUUUACAUGCAUCACUACAGUGCCUUAUGGAACAGAGCAGAAAAAGCUUAGUUUGUGAACUGUUUAUUGGUAGCGAAUUUUCGAACGUUGAAAGAAGAGAUGCACCGUUGGGUGGUAAAUUGGUUAAUGCAUCAGUUGGAAACAAAUUUCGUUCACAGCUUGAUGUUUUGCUUGCGAAAUUGCGUAAAACGGGAACCCACUUUGUACGAUGUAUUAAGCCAAAUUCGGAAAUGAAAUGCAAUCAGUUUGAUGGUGCGCAGAUUUUGCUACAGCUAAAAUGCGCUGGAAUGUCUAGCGCAUUGAGAGUUAUGCAGCGCGGGUUUCCAUCAAGAAUAUCUUAUCUCUCAUUAUACAAUAUAUAUCAAAAAUAUUUACCAAGCAGACUUACAACGCUCGAUGCUCAAUUGUUUUGUAAGUGUCUAUUUCGAGUGGUUGGUUUGGAAGAGAAAGAUUACAAAUUUGGUCUCACGAAAGCAUUCUUCCGACACGGAAAAUUUGCUGAAUUCGAUAAAAUAUUACAUCUGAGCAAAGAAAAUUUUGAAACUUUGAUUGAACACAUGUCAUCCUGGCUAUGUUGCUUCCGAUUCCGAAGAAUACAGUUUGCUGUUAUAAGCUUGGUCAAAGUAGAACGAUUGUUGGCAUACCGGGCAAAGUGUCGCAUCAAAAUUCAGAAUGCUGUUCGCACCUAUUUAGUGCGUAAAUCAUAUCGAUCAAGGAUAAAUGCUUUAUUAGCCUUAUCAACGCUGUUAAAAAAUAUAAAUGGAAUGUAUUCUUUAGUUAAUGAGCUAGACAAAACAGAUUCAUACAAAUGGGGAUCAUCUAUUGUUGACGCUCUAAAGGAGGAUGUUGAAACGCUCAAAUAUCAAAUAAAACACAAUUCAUAUUCGACAGAUACGGAGAUGUUUCAUCGAUGUGAUGCAUUAGUAAAUAAUACGAAAGAAAAAUUGCAACACUUGAGACAGAAAGUUGAUGAUACACAGAUGCUUCUGCGAAAAAAGCAUGAAAAGUUUGAAGAAGAACAAAAAAGUGAACUCAGAAAAGAAUUAAAUCAGCAAAUUAAUGGGCAAAAAGAGGAAGCUAAGCAGAUAGCACAAUGUUUGGAAGAAUCAUUGGAACAUACCAAAAUUAUGGAACGAGAAAACCAUCAAUUAUUGUAA